AUGUCCGACGUCGCCGAUGACGAAUCCCUGUCCUCGCCACCGCCGCCUCUUCCUCCUCCACCGAGACCGGUCCUGGCUUCGUCUCCCCGGCCGGUCGCGAUCCGAUCGGUGUGGGCCGACAAUCUGGAGUCGGAGUUUGCUCUGAUCCGCGCCGUCGUCGACGAUUACCCGCUGAUUUCGAUGGACACGGAGUUCCCCGGCGUGGUGAUGCGGCCGCAGGGGGAGGAGCAAGGGAACCGGCUUCAGGAUCCGACGGGGCGCUACUUGAGCCUCAAGGCCAACGUCGACAUGCUCAAACUGAUCCAGGUAGGGCUCACGAUCGCUGAUCGUGACGGCAAUCUGCCGGAUCUCGGCACCGGGACUACUUGCUUUAUUUGGGAAUUCAAUUUUAGGGAUUUCGACGUGACGCGCGACUCGCACGCUCACGACUCCGUCGAUCUCUUGAGGAGGCAAGGGAUCGACUUUGAGAAGAACACCAAGGACGGUAUCGAGGCAGUGAAAUUCGCCGAGCUGAUGAUGUCUUCGGGCCUGGUCUUGAACGACUCGGUCAGUUGGGUCACUUUCCACAGCGCUUACGAUUUCGGCUACUUGGUCAAGUGUUUGACCCAGCGUCCAUUGCCGGACAGGUUAACCGAGUUUCUGGACAUAGUGAGGAUGUUCUUCGGCGAUAAGGUCUAUGACAUUAAGCAUCUGAUGAGGUUUGUGGCGAAUUUGUUUGGAGGUCUGGACAGGACGUGUAAGACUUUGGGUGUGGAGAGGGUCACUGGGAAGAGUCACCAAGCCGGCUCGGAUAGUUUGGCUACACUCCAUGCAUUUCAGAAAAUGAGGGAGAAGUACUUCAACGAUUGGGAGGAUGGAGCUAUGGAGAAGUACGCCAAUGUCUUAUAUGGGUUAGAGCUGUUGCCGUCAUAA